CUCCUGUUCUGUAUCCAGGUGAUGGCGGGAUGAGUCAGGCGGGCUCGCCCUAACGCCCUUGAUUCUUACUUCUGCUGAGCUGUGACCCUGCACCUCAGGUGUGCCGGAGCCCCACCUUAAUCACAGGGAGGGACGCAGCGAAGCACAGCAGACGGGAGGGAUCUAAAAGCCAAGAAUUUGUGGAGGUACAGGUUUCCAACCUUCUAAGCAAGUUGAAAACAAUCCUCUCUAGUGGUGCUUUUGGACCUCGUCCUUUUUUUCCCCUUCUCCCUUGUGCUCAUUUCUCUUGCUGGCAGAGAAAUGAGCACAUCAUCAAGAUAAGAGGUGCAGAACAUCAACAAGAGUUUACCGCAGCUUGAACUUGAGACUUGUUGAGUGUAAUUCGGAGGAGGUGGAACUGCUUAUACUUGCAUCCCAGAGGAUAAAAGGAUUAAAGACCUGCCACAUCAAAGGACGGUUAAACAAAGGAGGACCGAAUCCUCGUGUGGAUUACUAUAAUGAAUAUGGCCCUUUCAUCCAAGAACCUGAAAUCCCUUUCUCCCCUCCUGUUCCUCUUUUAUGCCCCUCUCACCUGUCUGUGCCAGUCAGCCAACAGCACCUCAACCACCACCACAACCGUUUCCUCAAAUGUUACAUCCCUGAUCGGAGUCCGAGGCUGCGGCAACGGGCUGCAUCCCAUGUACAGGUAUCUGUGUGACCGCCGGGAAGCAUGGGGGAUUGUGCUGGAGACCCUGGCCACUGCGGGCUUCCUGCUAAGUAUAGGGCUCCUCUUAACCCUGCUGAUCUGGUCCCUGUGUGUCUGCAUCUCAUCCCGCCAUUAUCGAAAAACCAACAUCGGAGGCAUGGUGGCCUCCAUGUCCCUGUUCCUGUUGGCCACGGCGGGGAUCUUCGGCAUCACCUUCUCUUUCAUCAUCAGUCUCACCCCGCAGACGUGCCCCACUAGGCUGUUCCUCUUUGGCGUGCUCUUCUCGCUGGCAUUCUCCUGCCUGCUGGCUCGCUGCCUUGCUCUGUUGGGCUUUACAGCAGCUCGAGGCUGGGGAGAGCCCGCUGUGGCUCUGGGGCUCUUCACUGUGCAAGUUAUCAUUGCCACAGAGUGGCUGAUCAUCGUGUUGGUCCGCGAUAACAAGCGCUGCGAGUACAGCCAGGGGGAAUUCGUCAUGCUACUGAUCUACGUCCUGUGCUUACUGGCUAUCAGCUUGAUUCUUUCCCUGCACCUCCUGUGCCGCAAUUAUUGCACUUACAGCUACAGCUACACAGGACCCAUCAACCAGCAAGGGAAGCUGCACAGUGGGCUGGUCUUCGUCACACUGCUUCUCUCUGCCUGCAUCUGGGUGGUGUGGAUCACUAUGUUCACCAGGGGGAACCCCGAGCUGGGCCGUCGGCCAAAUUGGGACGACCCAGUAAUUAGCAUUGCCUUGGUAGCAAAUGGCUGGGUGUUACUGAUUGGGCAUGGGUUGUCCCAGGUCGCCUUCUUCUGCAAUGGGAAGGUGAAGUCCAAGGAUCUCCCUUUGAGCUUUGCAGGAUGGACCAGCCCCAAUGCUGAUAUGCCAGGACUAGGAAGCCAGAAGGAGGGGAAAGACAACGGAAGUUUUGAGAAUGACUUGGAGAACAAGAGAGGCCGGAGAGCUGAGCAAUCGCUGCGAUCGCCCUACGAGUCGGGAUUCUCCAUGACGGAAAUCGACACCGACAAAGAUUACACCAUUCCUCGCCCUCAGACCACCAACUACAAUGAACCCUACGAUGAAUAUUAUGGACCUGAAUAAAACCUUAUCUGAAUAAGGCCUUA